AUGGCCUGGACCCCGCUCCUCCUGGGCCUCCUGGCUCACUGCACAGGUUCUGUGUCUUCCUAUGAUCUGAAUCAGUCACCAUCAUUUUCUGUGAGUCCAGGAAUGGAGGUCAAGAUGACCUGUAGGGGAUACGACGUUAGAAGCUAUGGUGUUCAAUGGUUUCAACAGAAGCCAGGCCAGGCCCCUGUGCAAGUCAUCUCUGGUAAUACUAGACGGCCCUCAGGGAUCCCUGACCGAUUCUCUGGCUCCAGGUCUGGAGACACGGCCACCCUGACCAUUAGGGGUGUGCGCACUGAGGACGAGGCCGACUAUUACUGUCAGGUGUGGGGUGGUAGUAUUGUGUGUUAUAUCUUCGGCGCUGGGACCAAGCUCACCGUCCUAGAUCAGUCCCCGGCUGCACCCUCAGUCACUCUCUUCCCACCCUCCUCUGAGGAGAUUGCUGAGGCCAAAAAGGCCACACUGGUGUGUCUGAUGAACGACUUCUACCCCGGUGUUGCGACGGUGACCUGGAAGGUAGAUGGCACCCCCAUCGACCAGGGUGUGGAGACCACCAAGCCAUCCAAACAGAGCAACAACAAGUAUGCGGCCAGCAGCUACCUGAGCUUGACGCCCGCCAAGUGGCAAUCUCUCCGUGAGAUCACCUGCCAGGUCACGCACGAAGGCACAACCGUGGAGAAGAAAGUGGGCCCUUCAGAGUGUUCUUAGACCUUUGGGAAAAACCCACCCAAGGGCACCUUCCUCACCCACACACCCUAUUUCCCAUAAUUCUACCCGAACCCCUGAUAUACCUUCCCCAGGUCAGCUCAGACCAUGUGGGUUCCUCUCCCUGUAACUAUUGCUUCUCAAUAAAGAGCUAAUCAUUUAUUAUGUGA